UAGGGGAGAGUUAAUAAAACUCUUCCUAACUAUAAAAUUAGUGUAUGCCUGCAAUAUAAAAGAUUUUUAUUUAGUUACUUAUUAAAAAAGUGGUUAAAAUAGACUAUUUUCAGCUGAAAAAGAAAAACAAGACAGACAACUCUGUUCAGUUUGCAGCUGUUUAACUUCAAAGAGCGUUGUUUUCGCUCCCUUAACGUUGUUGUUGUUGUUGUUGUUGUUCCUUCCUUCUCUUCCUUUACCGCCCAUCCUUACUGUUUUUGUAUUCAGAUGCCGAUUUGCGAAGUUUCCUACUUUUCAAAGUUCCUACCUUUAUUCCUUAUGCUCUCCUUUUGUAUUUCUUACAGGGCUUCAGCAAGCAAUGCAAAUACAGGGAAAGAGAAAACGUUAGCUAUGAUAAAACCAGAUGGUUUGCUUGGUAACUACACUGAUGAGGUAAAGAAUGUCAUCAUCAAUUCCGGUUUCAUUAUUUUCAAGGAAAUGAUUCUUCAACUUGACGAGGACAGGGCUGCAAGCUUUUAUGCCGAGCAUUCUUUGAAGAGCUUCUUUCCCAAUCUUAUCAAAUAUAUGACAAGUGGUCCGGUGUUGGUUAUGAUUCUCGAGAAGGAAAAUGCUGUGGCUGAUUGGCGUGCUCUCAUUGGUCCAACUGAUUCAAAGAAGGCUAAGAUUACUCACCCUCACAGCAUAAGGGCACUGUGUGGCAUAGAUUCCGAAAAAAACUGCGUUCAUGGUUCAGAUUCUCCUCAAUCAGCUCAAAGAGAGAUCUCCUUUUUCUUUCAAGAGGAGUCUGCUGGCCAAGCAGUUAUUCAACAUGAUGAACUAUAGCUGGUUUCUCAAAGCAGAGCUUAUUCGGUUUGGCGCACCACCAUCCUCACUGCUUUACUUACCAAAUUACUUAGAAUGAGAACUCAGUGGCAAUUAGGUGGUCUGCUCCAGUCUCUUCUCUUUAUUUUCUUCUUUAGGGGGUUUUGCUUAGACCCUUAGUUAACUCUGAUCUUUGGUUAUAUAAACUAAAGAGUGUGUUUAACCGAAGAGUUGCUAUACACACCUUCCAUAUACUGUAACAGACUAAAUUUGAUUAUAUUUAUGCUUGUAUGCCUUAUUUUUUUU